CGGAUCGCGCGGAAGUCUGCAUCGUCGUCGUGGAUAUCAAAUUCGGUCUUUUCGAUUUUUGUUUGAGUGAAUUGUGGUAAUCCGAGGCUCCUUGUUGGCCCAACGAUUUAACAAAGUGCAAAACAUAUAAAUAUAUAUAAUAAAACCUCAAAAAAAAGUGUGGAAAAAGCAAGUCUUCAGCAAUUUUGGGGCAUUUAACAACAAAAAUAAAGGAACAACAAAUUGCAGUUUAAAUUUACAACAGAAAAUGUUCCCAGCUUAAGAAAACCUGAGAAAGUGAAGAAAAACUGGAGUAAAAUGAAUUACAACAUGGAUGAGCUGGAAGCCACCCGGUUGCUGCGACAUCCCCGUCGCUGGUGGAGCAGUGGGUCCAAACGCAUUGUCGCCAUCUCAGUGCUGGUCAUCAUCACCCUGCUCUUCUCCCUGAUAUAUCAUGGCCUUGUGGUGGAAAGAAUGGAUCGUGUCCAGCAGAUUGCCGCCCUGAACGCCGAGCAUCGGCAAAUGGCCAACCAGCCCUUCGAGGAAGCGGAUUCCCUCAUCGUGAGCCCUCAGACACUGCACUUUAAGCUGCUGGACGACGAGAUCAACAAGGAUGUCAACGACAUCAAAAGGAACAGGAAGCGCAUGAAGAACCUGCUGGUCAAGUUCCGGUGGCAAAGGAAGCAUCGCACGGCCAGAGAGUUGCCCCGACUGGACGUCGACCUCGAUCCUGUGGCCAUGGAGGCCAAUCUGCAGAGUCUCUACUCCAAGCUGAGAAGCAAGCGGGCAAGGGAAGUGCUGAGUCAGCUGGAGAGCGAGUUUGUGCGCUGCAAGAAGCAUACGCCCCACGACUGCAUGUCCGCCUUUAUGCGCAUGUACAAGAUGGCCAAGGAGGUGGCCGAGAAAAUGGAGAAGAUGAAGGAGAUCAUGCGGGAGCAGCAGCCCAUGAUAGAGUCGGCCAGCGAUGAAUCUAACGAACACUGGCGAGGGACUUCUGCACCUGGGGAUCAAACACAGGAUCAGAUCGUCACUGAGCCCACGCCAGCAGGCAAUGCCACUGAGAAGCCCCAGAGAAUGAAGAUAAAACCUGCUAGGAUCAGUUGGAUCAUUGAUGGACACGAUCAUGAUGGCAGUGAUGUUUACACAGACGAUGUGACAACCAAGACGACCACCAGCGAACCAGUCACUAGCAGUACUAAGAAAGUACUAAAAGAGGAUACAGCCACCAGGGAGAUGCCAGUGGAAAGCUCUACAGAGCAGAUUAGCUGGAUUCUCGAUCACUUUGACAAGCCCAAGGAGAUAGUUCGCACCACUGAGCGGCCAGGACAGCGCUCCACGCGAGAUGUAACCACCACAGGACCGGGUUCCCAGCAAAAUUCCACCUCUCUUACGGAAAAUGGAACGGAACAGGCGAGCACUAUGACUACAGAGGCACCCAGCAUAUUUACUACAGAAGGACCUCUUCCAACAACCAUCUUAGCCACCACAGAGGAAGCUAGCCCGACAGAGGCACAGGAAAAACUCCAUAUUAAAUGGAUUAUAGAUGGCGAGCAGGAAAAAGCUCCUACCAAGACCACAACUACCACCGAAAUGCCUGAAACAACUACCGAAGCCCUAAUUAACAGCACCACUGCAGGACAGCGGAAGCUGCAGUUCGAUUGGAUCAUAGACGGCGACGAGAUAGUGGAGCCGCAGGAAAACGCUACCACCACCACCACCAGUGCCAGCACAGUGACCAUCAGCACCACAGAAUCCCUCGAGACUAAGCAAAACUCCACUGCGCAUACCACCAAACCGCCGCCGGUGAAGAUCAGCUGGAUUAUCGAUGGCAACGAAGGCAGUUUCGAACUGACCAGCAGCAGCAGCACGUCUACCGUACAACCCAUGGAGGCCACCCCACGGUCCGUGCAUCCCCUGGACAAUCCCACCAGCAUUGAGAACAUGCUGGAGAGUUUCGAGCGGCACGAGCAGGAUAAGCCCAUACUCAAGGUACUAAAGGCGAAUGAAUCCUCGCAGGAGAAGUACGAUGAUGUCUCCGAACGCCAGCUGUGGCUGAAGAAGUUCGAGGAUCAGGCGAGGCCGAAUCAGAAGGAGCUGAUGGAUACGUUUGGGACGGCCCUGGAUGCCGAGGCUAUGGACCAAAUGGGACCCAAGAUCAAUCCGCUCAACGGACAUGUCUGGAAUGCUGCCGAUGCACAGAUCCUCAGUCUGUGUGAGCGCGUGGCCCUCAAGAUGCGGAAUAAGGUGGCACCCAAUGUAGGAGACGGUGAGACCAAGGAAAAGGGUGAAACGUUCACCGCCUCCCCCAGCGUGCAGUUCACGAGUCGAGCUCCCGGCGGGUUUCCCGUUUCCGGCGAAACCAUGAAAGCCUCGGCCCAGUUUAUGUUCAAUCCGAACUUUGGCAUGAUGCCCAGCAUCCCCGUGUGCUUCUACAUGACGCCGGCCAACUUCCGGAUGCCCAUGUGGUCAGCCUCGCCCUCGUUUAUGGGCAUGCAGGGAGGACACUUUGGAGGAGCCGCCAAUAACGCCGGCGGCGGCAUUUUCUUUGUACCGCAACAAUUCGGACCGAGUGGAAACUUCUUUGGCGGCAGUGGUGGCUCCGGAGCCGGUGGCCAGGGUGCCAAUAUCUUUUCGAAGAAUGCCUCGCCGCAGAAACUUUCCAAUGGUCAGCAGCAGCAGGUGUACUGCAGCUAUAUGCAAAACCAGCAGGGUCAGUCGCAGACCUCCAGCAAUUCGCAGCAGCAGCAGCAAUCGGGAGGAAGUCCUGCUGGUUUCUCCAAUGCCAACUUCAAGAUGCGACAUGCGAAUCAGUCGAGUGCCGGCCACCAGCAGAUCAUAUACGCCAGCUAUGCGGGAAUGCCCCAGCAAACACCCAGCCAGGACCCUGCCAGGUGCCCCGAGCCUGGUCAGGUGGCCUGCUUUGGCCGGCAGAAGGAGUGCAUCCCCGCUGACCGAUGGUGCGAUAACGUAGUCGACUGUUCGGACGGCAGUGAUGAGUCCGCCUGCACCUGCGCGGAUCGGUUAGACGAGGACCGUCUGUGCGAUGGCUAUGCUGACUGUCCCAUGGGCGAGGACGAGCUGGGCUGCUUUGGCUGCGAGCCCUUGGCCUAUUCCUGUUACGAAAACCUGGAGGAGUAUGAGCAACACAAUCGCUCCAUGAUUUCCAUGUGUUACAAUCGCCUAGAGCGUUGCGAUGGCUUCCUGAACUGCCUGAACGGGAGGGAUGAGGAGCAGUGCAGCAUGUUGGUCACCGAUGUGGCGGAUCAUAUGUCGCAUGCCGCAUCUGCUUCCGAGGGCUUUCUAUACCACAAUCAUCGCGGUGACUGGCAUCCGGUGUGCAACAAUGGUGAAAAGUGGGCAGCCGCCGCUUGCGAGCUGGAUGGAAUGGAUCUCAUGGCAGAUUCCCUCAAUGUGAGCUUCAGGGCCUUGACUCUGCCGGGUCCCUUUAUAGAGCCCUCCCUGCAUGCUGGCGUACUGUUUGCUCAGGCCUGUCACGGACGCAAUGGGCAUGACUCCCUGGUGGAUCAUGUGGCCUACGUUAAGUGUCCUCCCAUGCAGUGUGGCCUGCCGAAGAACACCACAAAAACGAGGACAGAGCACUCCAAGAGAGUGAAGCGAGCUGUGGCGCCGCCAGAGUCCCAAGAAAUCCUGGGCGAGGGACGAAUUGUGGGUGGCAGCUAUACCAGUGCCCUCCAGUGGCCAUUUGUGGUGGCCAUUUAUAGGGAUGGCAAGUUCCACUGCGGAGGAACCAUUUACUCGGAACGUUGGAUUAUAAGUGCCGCCCACUGUGUCAUCAACUUUGGCAAAUACUUCUACGAGGUGCGCGCGGGACUCCUGCGACGUUCCAGCUAUUCCCCUGCCACCCAAAUCCAACCCGUGUCCCAUGUGGUGGUCCAUCAGGCUUACGAGAGGAGAAGCAUGCGCAACGAUCUCUCCCUGUUGCGACUGGCCAGUCCGCUGCAUUUCAAUCGCUGGGUGAAACCCAUAUGUUUGCCGGACAAGGGAAGGACAACGCUAGGCGACGAUUGGAUCUGGGGACCUGAGGAGAAUACCCUAUGCACUGUGGUGGGAUGGGGGGCCAUCAGGGAGAAGGGUCCGAGCAGUGAUCCCCUUCGCCAAGUGGUGGUUCCCAUACGCAAACGGUGCACGGAUCCCGAAGAUCAAGCUUCCGAGGACAUUUGUGCUGGUGAUCCCAGUGGAGGACGCGAUGCCUGCCAGGGAGACUCAGGUGGUCCGCUCUUCUGUCGCAGCAUUGCUCGGCCGGAGGAACACUAUCUCGCUGGAGUAGUGAGUCACGGCAAUGGCUGUGCUCGUCCCAAGGAGUUUGGUGUCUAUACUCGCGUGACUCUCUACCUGGACUGGCUGGAGAUGGCCACCACACCGCACCUGCUGCCCACGCGCCAGCCCCUGCAAAUGUGUCCUGGGUUUAUAUGCGUCUGGGGAGGCAAGCGUUGCAUAGCCAAGCGGCAGAGAUGUGAUCGCAAUGUGGAUUGUCUAGGCGGCGAGGAUGAGGUGGGCUGCGCCUACAACUUCAUACCCGACAUGGUGGGUGGAGAGCGGCAGAAUUUGAGCACCACCACGGAGAGUGACUAUCAUCCUGAGAAGGAGCCCGCUGCAGUGCCUGUUGAGAGUAAAAUGCGUGAAGUUAUACCCAUUGAGGAUGAUGAUUUGAAUGCGGAACAGGAUGAGGAGGAAGAAAGUACAACUUGGGAGGAUGAAAAACAGUUCUCUACGCCUGAAGAUGUUACGUCAACUACGACUAAUAUAAUCUUAUCUACAACUGAGGAAAGUCUUGAACAAAGUUCAACAAACAUUGAUUCCUUUACAAGCGAAUCUACCAUCAUAUCAUCUUCUACACUGGAGUCUACGACAAUGUCUCCAAAUAUUCCUCCUUCUUCCACAACAAUUGAAUCAUCAACAACGUCUUGGGCUAAUCUAGAAACCACAACGACGGCUACAACUCUCACAAUACCCACAUCCACUGAGGAUUUAAAGAAGCUCACCGACUUGGUAACCCAAUUUAUGGAGGAGAGCACAACCGCUAUUGAUCUAGGAAUAAGUACCUCAACCUUGGCCACAACAGAUGAUGUCAGCGAAGUAACAACAGAAGGAGUAAGGGAAACUACAACCACGGAGCCUACAAACGCACCAAGUAGCAGCACAGUCAGCUUUACCACAAGUGCUAUCACCUCAACAGCCAUAUCAACCACUGAAGGACCUUUGGUAACAACCACUUUAGCAGCCACAACAACCACAACGGAAGCCCAAUUUACCCACAAAGAACAAAUGAAAAUACCCAACAAGUUCGUGUGUAAAAAAAUGGCUCAAAUAGUGGACAUUCAAAUGCGCUGCGAUCGCAAGGCGGACUGUGAAGAUGGAACCGAUGAGUUGGACUGCUCCUGCAGAGACUAUUUGAGUCACAGCCUCAAGAGUCUCAUAUGCGAUGGCAAAGAGGAUUGUGAGGAUCGCACAGAUGAGCAGGACUGUGGCGGUUGCCAGGCCAACGAGUUCCGCUGUCCGCUGUCCAAGACCUGCCUGCCUCUGAGCAAGCGCUGCGACAAUCAAGUGGACUGCAGGUUUAAGGAGGAUGAAAAGGACUGCUUUGCCCUUACCAAUGGCCACGAUGUCCACUUUGAUGUCCAUCAGCAGCCCAAGUUUAGCAGUGCCGGGAUCUUCUCCCGCAACGGACAUGGCGUGUGGCGUGUGGUCUGUGCCCACGAAACGGGCUACCACGAGCAUCAAGCUAAUACCGCAGACGCAGUGUGCGCGCUCCUCGGCUUCAAAGGAGCCCACUAUUUCAACAGUUCCGCCUUUGUAAACCAGCAGGAAAUGCAUCCCAUAACACCAGAGUUGAGGAAUAGCCGAAACUUUGUUCAGCUUCGGUCCAUGGUGGCAGACAACAUUCAGAUGACUGAGAACGAGAUAAUAAUACCGGAACUGGGUCACCCUUCCGCAUCGAGGCCUGAGAAGGAUCGCCUUUUACCCAACAAGUGCCUGGGCAUCUACGUGGAGUGCAAUCCUCUGUCGAACAAGACCACACCGCUGAAGACCCUCAGUGCUGGCCAGGCUGUCAAGCCGCAGCCCAAGGAGCAGGUGCCCGUUCUCCUGCCCACCAUCGAGACCCACAGCAGGCCAAAUGUGCACUUUAAGCCGCAGAUUCCCGCAGUUAUUGUGAACAAAAAGGAUGAGAUUCUGGACCGACUCGAUAAUCUGAUUAAGAGCAAGAAGAACACGACUUUGCUGGUAAACGAACAGCUCCACGAGGCCAUCGAGGAGCUGCACUGGCCAUGGCUGGCGGAUGUCUACCUAAACAGCGAGCUCUGGUGCAUCGGUGUGCUCAUCGAUAAGCACUGGCUGCUGGUCCACGAGAGCUGCCUCGCGGGGAUUAGCCUGGACACGGACUACAUGAGCGCCUUGCUGGGCGGCGGCAAGACAAAGAGAUCUCUGCACAGGAGCAACCACGAGCAGAUAAGGCGGGUGGACUGCUUUGAGCCGGUUCCUCGGUCAAAUGUGCUGCUGCUGCAUCUGGAGCAGGCGGUGCGCUUUACUCACCAUGUGCUGCCCACCUUUUUGCCAGACAGCUCCCAGCACGACCACAGUGCCCCGAGGGACUGCAUCAGCGUGCUGCAUGACGAUCUCACUGGUCGCAUCAAAACUGUGGGAAUUGUACGAACGCCCAACGAUACCAGCUGCGAGUCCUGCUACAAACUGCAAGAGAAGCAGCCGCCUGUGAAUUUGAUGCGCCUGCUAAAUGUGAGUGCCGAAGACAUGGCCUCCAUUUCGGAGGAGGUGGAGCUCAUUAACGGCGUGGCCCCCACUGAACUUCCGGCCAUAACCAAGUUUACCAGCUGCCAUCAGUUCGGGUUGAAAAAUGUCAGCGACUCGCCGCAGAACCACAUCAAUCCCAGCGACCAGGGGGUGUUGGUCUGUCGCGAUUCGCACACCGGUUGGUUCCCCACGGCCAUGUUUAGCUACAACAACUCGGAUUGCCAGAGUUUCAAGCAGCCAUUCGGCAUUCGGACUUUAGAGCUGGCAUACAAAUCGUUGCAGGACAUAAUAGACAAACCAUCGUGCCAAAACCCAAGGGCAGCUCCACAGUGCUCUACGCAUCGGUGCCCCCUGGGCCUGUGCCUGCCCCAGGAGGCCAUCUGUAAUGAGCGUCCGGAUUGCCAUGAUGGCAGCGAUGAAGAGGAAAGCAAUUGCCGCCAGGUGAAGCAGCGCUGUGCUCCCGGCGAAAUGAAGUGCCGGUCCAGCUUUAAGUGCGUGCCGAAGAACAAGUUCUGUGACCACGUUCCCGACUGCGAGGACAUGACAGAUGAGCCCACGAUUUGCAGUUGCUUUACCUACUUACAAGCCACUGAUCCCUCCAAGAUAUGCGAUGGCAAGCGAAACUGUUGGGAUAAGAGCGACGAGAGUUCGGUGCUGUGUAAUUGCACUGCAGAUCACUUUCAAUGCAGUUCCUCUCCUGAGGACUGUAUUCCCCGUGAUUUUGUGUGCGACAAGGAAAAUGAUUGUCCCAAUGGAGAAGACGAACGCUAUUGCUUCGGCAUUGAGCAUCCUUUGCAGCAGCAAAAAAAAGAUUUCUGGGCGAACAGUCAGCACACGCAACCAGAAAAGGCUCCUCAGUACGGUCAGGUCAUCGAACAAACGUACGGCAUAUGGCACACUAAAUGCUUUCCCAAAAGCAAGCCCCCGCAUGUGGAUGAAGUGCGUGAGAUAUGCAAGAAGCUGGGGUACAAUCCCUACAGGCAGCCCAGCUAUCGGUUGAUUGACGAUGCCGAGAACAAGGCUGUGCAUACAUACGAAACGGCCGAUCAGCGAGGGCGCAGCUUCAGUAACGAGACCUUGGUGGGGAAGUACCGGGAAGCCACCAAGGCGCUGAUUGUCAGCAAAUUCUCACCGCUGCAGCUCAAUGAGCGGCUGACGCUCUUCCUCAAGUCCAGCCGACCCAUUGCCGAGCUGGUGCGAUGGAAUGCCACCGAUUCCAACCUGUGCUACCGGCUGGAGAUCCGAUGUGCCUGACGUCUCACUUGGACUAGGUGCUGCCGCCUAAAAACCUCCAGCAGUUUGGGAAACAAAAUUUACACAGAGAUCAUCUCCAUUUGGGCCAAAAAGUAUGCUUUAAACUCUACUGUUGAUCACUAAAGGUAAGCCAGCCCCAUAUUUAUAUUUUAUUUAAACAGAAGUUACAUACGAAACUCGGGUUAAAUAAUAGUCAAUAAAUAAAUCAUAUAUAUUUUGCUAAAGACUGCACACACAAUAAUAUUAAGCCUUGGGCCUUAAACAAAUCUCUCACUUGCAAUAAAUAACGUAAAAUUAAACAUAAAAUAUAUAUGGUUGGAUCAGCUUUCACAAACUGCAGGCGUCAGAUGAACCUUUGUGCGUUUCAGUUUUCCGUUUGUCAAACUUUGACUU